CACCAUCACCAAGCGUCAGAGGAAGACCGCCCCUUCUACGUCACUGCCGCUCACCAAACACUGCGAGAAACUACAACUGCACGGGUGCUCUGCGCCGGACACGUGAUCCAAGAUGGCGGCGCCCAGGAAAACCUCGCAGGAGGCUGAUUCUGACAGCAGUAGUAGCGCUGAGGAUCUGGAGCGGUUCCGAGAAGCGGCAUGGGAGCCUCCUGGUUCAGCGAAAAAAACUGUACAAUUUCCAGAGAAUUCUGCUUCUCCUGUUAUUCCAAGUUUACGGGUUCGACCUGACAGCCAUGAGCAUGAUGGAAAUGAACUACAAACUACCCCUGAAUUCCGCACUCAUGUUGCCAAAAAGCUUGCCACCAUGUUAGACAACUGCAUUAAAGAAAUUCCAGGAAGUAACAGCUUCAAUCAGGAGUCUACAGCAUCAGAAUCUGAAGAUGAAGGUUUUCGGCUUUUAACUACAUCCGUUCCCGGGGAUCCUGGGAAAAUAAUACCUUCCCCAACGUUGAAACGCAGGGUGGCUUCUUCUACCAGUGAGGAUAGUGAAGAGGAGAAACUGAGAAGGUUUCGUGAAGCAGCUGUGUCCGGCUUGGACAUUCUUAACCACAGUGCAUUGCAGACAACCACUGUGGAUAUUAUGGAUAGAAGCAGUAAUAACCAACAGAAAAAGAAGGCAAAGAAAAAAAGACCAAGUGAUGAAGCGGAGACAGUUGACCAGAACGCAGAGCCAGAAGGUAAAAUGGAUGGGUUUAAGAAGAAGAAGAAGAAGAAAAAAGAAAGGGCAAAUGACAAGACAGAAACUGAUGACCAGACAGUUAAUUCGGAAACUGAUAAAAGGUCUAAAAAGAGUGAAUCAGAGUGUCACAGUAGGAUAGAAACUGUAAAAGAUGAGUCUAAGAAGAAGAAAAUGGGAUUAUGCGAGACUGCAUCAGAUCCGAACAUAAGUCCAUGUGGAAAAAGUGGAACCAAAAAAAAGAAAAAGUUGGUUGUGGAAAAUUGUAAUGAACAUGACUGACACGUACCCGUUUUAGGUGGAUUGUCAUUGCCUCAUCCAGGCAAAUUUGGUGUGUUUGAGAAACACAAAUCUAAUUUUAUAUUAAGACAAGUUUAUCAAAAGUGGUAGAGUACACAGUGGUUUCAGCUGUUACUAAAGUUCCCCGUCCACACGUUUGCCAGAAUAUGGACAUUGCAUCUAUUUUGUACAGCAUGGUACCAUUAUAUCUCCAUAGGAAGAGGAUGAUAGUCUUCAUGAACUGUGUUCUUGCAGCUUGUGUUUGAUGGUGACUAUUAAGCUGUUGCACGUCCUUUAUCAUGAGGCAAGGGAAUAUUUUGGCAGGUAGAGCUAUGGUU